AGUUCCUUUGAUCAAUCAAUUAUUGCUAGUGCUCUCUUCUUUCUCCUUUCUUCUACUUCAUUUCUUUUCCCAUCAUCGUAUUCACACCCUUAGCAAAGUCAAGAAACCAUGGCUGGGGCAUUGGUAGGAGGAUCAUUUCUCUCAGCUUUCCUCCAGGUUUUGUUCGACAGGAUGGCUUCUCGCGAGUUUGUGGAUUUCUUCAAGGGACAAAAGCUCAACGAUGAACUGCUGAUGAAGUUGAAGAUAACAAUGAGGUCUAUUAAUAGGUUGCUGGAUGAUGCGGAGGAGAAGCAGAUUACUAAUCGAGAUGUUCAAAUGUGGCUUGACGACCUUAAAGAUGCUGUCUAUGAAGCUGAUGACUUGUUGGAUGAGAUUGCUUAUGAAGGUCUGCGAUCGGAGAUAGAACCUGCUCCUCAAACCAACAACAUAGCUAUGUGGCGAAACUUUCUCUCUUCUCGUAGUCCAUUCAACAAGAGGAUCGUGAAGAUGAAAGAGAAGUUGAACAAGAUCCUUGGUAGACUUAAUGAUUUAGUAGAACAAAAGGAUGUCCUUGGUUUAGGUGAGAAUAUUGGAGAAAAACCAUCAUUACAUAAAACGCCAACAACUUCUUUGGUUGAUGAAUCUGGUGUUUUCGGUAGGAACAAUGAUCAGAAAGCUAUAGUGAAGAUGUUAUUAUCAGAUGAUGCACAUGGCAGAAGCCUUGGUGUGAUUCCUAUUGUAGGUAUGUGUGGAGUCGGGAAAACCACCCUCAGUCAGCUUGUUUACAAUAAUAGCAGAGUUCAAGAGUGGUUUGAUCUCAAAACAUGGGUCUGUGUUUCGGAAGAAUUUGGUGUUUGCAAGAUAACUAAAGAUAUCAUCAAGGAGUUCGGGUCAAAAUAUUGUGAUACCAAGACUCAGAAUCAGCUUCACCUUGAGCUCAAGGAGAAAUUGAUGGGAAAAAGGUUCUUGCUUGUCUUAGAUGAUGUCUGGAAUGCAAAGUACGACGAUUGGGAUAUUUUACUCACGCCAUUGAAAUUUGGGGCACAAGGAAGUAAGAUUAUUGUCACAACACAGAAUGAAAGGGUAGCAUCAGUCCUCUCCACUGUUCCACCUUACCAUCUGAAGGGAUUAACCGAUGAUGAUUGCUGGUGUUUGUUCGAAAAACAUGCAUUUGAUGAUGGAGAUUCUAGUGCACAUCCAGGGUUGGAGGGAAUUGGCAGAAAAAUUGUAAGAAAGUGCAAAGGCCUGCCUUUAGCUGUAAAAUCACUUGCAGGUCUCUUAAGGUCCAAAAGAGAUGUGGAGGAGUGGGAGAAGAUACUACGAAGCAAUUUGUGGGAUUUGCAAAACAUCAACAUUCUUCCAGCUCUAAGAUUGAGUUAUCAUUAUCUCCCUGCGCAUCUAAAGCGUUGCUUCUCUUAUUGCUCAAUAUUUCCUAAAGAUUAUGAAUUUAGAAAGGAGGAGAUGGUACGUUUAUGGAUGGCAGAAGGUUUUCUAAUCCAACUCAAUGGCAAUCAGAAAAUGAAAGAAGUAGGUGGUGAGUACUUUAAUGAUCUUGUAUCAAGGUCGUUUUUUCAACAAUCAAGCAGCCAUCCAUCUUGCUUCGUGAUGCAUGACCUCAUGAAUGGUUUAGCUAAAUUUGUAGCUGGAGAAUUCUGCUAUACGUUAGAUGAUGCCAAUGGAUUAAAGCUUGCUAAAAAGACGCGCCAUUUAUCAUAUGUUAGAGCAAAGCAUGGAAACCUUAAGAAAUUUGAGGGAACCUAUGAAACACAAUUUUUACGCACUUUCUUACUCGUGGAGCAAUCGUGGGAGCUUGAUCACAACGAGAGCGAGGCAAUGCAUGAUUUACUGCCAACACUCAAGCGUCUUCGAGUACUAUCUCUAUCUCAAUAUUCUUAUGUACAAGAGUUACCUGAUUCAAUUGGCAACUUGAAACACUUGCGAUAUUUGAAUUUAUUCCAAGCAUCACUGAAAAAUUUACCUAGAAUUAUUCAUGCUAUGUACAAUUUGCAAACCUUAAUCUUGCGGGAGUGCAAUGACCUUGUCGAGUUACCUGAUUCUAUUGGCAACUUGAAGCACCUGCAGUACUUGGAUCUUUUUGGCACAUCGAUUAGAAAGUUACCUAAUUUUGUGAUUGGCUUGUGCCAUUUGGAAACUUUAAUCUUGUGUCAAUGCAAAGACCUCACUGAGCUUCCAACCAACAUGGGAAGCUUAAUUAACUUGCAUCACCUUGAUAUUAGAGAAACAAAUCUGCAGGAGAUGCCAUUACAGAUGGGAAACUUGAAAUAUCUUCGAAUUCUAACUAGAUUCAUCAACACAGGCUCAAGGAUUAAAGAGUUGGGUGAGCUUCAACAUCCUCGAGGAACACUAGAAAUUUGAAAUCUUCAAAAUGUUGUUAUGCUCUAGAUGCUUUUAACAGCCAAUUUGAAGGGUAAGAAGCACCUUGAACAUUUGCAGUUGAGAUGGCACGGUGAUACUGAUGAUGCAGCUCAUGAAAGAGAUGUACUUGAGCAAUUACAACCCCAUACAAAUGUGGAAAGCAUUUCCAUUAUUGGUUAUGCGGGUCCAACAUUUCCAGAGUGGGUGGGGGACAGUUCUUUUUCUAAUAUCGUGUCAUUGACACUUAGUGAAUGCAAGCGUUGCUCAAGCUUCCCACCACUUGGGCAGUUAGCCUCUCUAAAAUACCAUGUUGUCCAAGCUUUCGAUGGAGUAGUUGUAAUUGGUACUGAGUUCUAUGGAAGUUGCAUGAAUCCAUUUGGAAACCUGGAAGAGUUAAGGUUUGAAAGAAUGCCUCAUUUGCAUGAAUGGAUUUCUAGUGAAGGUGGAGCUUUCCCUGUUCUCCGAGAGCUUUACAUAAAAGAAUGUCCUAACGUAUCAAAGGCCUUGCCUAGUCAUCUUCCUUCUUUAACAACCCUUGAGAUUGAGAGAUGUCAACAGCUCGCAGCUGCACUUCCAACGACACCGCCUAUCUGCAGAUUGAAGUUGGAUGACAUAUCUCGUUAUGUGCUAGUAACUAAAUUGCCUUCUGGACUGCACGGACUCAGAGUUGAUGCAUUCAACCCCAUAAGCUCCCUACUUGAGGGAAUGGAGCGAAUGGGUGCACCUUCCACAAAUUUAGAAGAAAUGGAAAUCAGAAACUGUGGCUCACUUAUGUCUUUCCCAUUACAAAUGUUCUCCAAGUUGAAGAGUUUUCAAAUAAGUGAAUGUCCGAAUCUUGAAUCCCUUGUUGCAUAUGAGAGAAGUCAUGGGAAUUUCACUCGCAGUUGUUUGAAUUCUGUUUGUCCUGAUUUGACACUGCUUCGUUUAUGGAAUUGCUCAAAUGUGAAGUCUCUGCCCAAAUGUAUGCUCUCCCUGCUCCCUUCGCUUGAGAUUUUGCAACUUGUUAACUGUCCAGAACUUGUGUGAUUCCCAGAAGGGGGCUUACCACUGCUUCGGUUAUGGAAUUGCUCAAAUGUGAAGUCUCUGCCCAAAUGUAUCCUCUCCCUCCUCCCUUCGCUUGAGAUUUUGCAACUUGUUAACUGUCCAGAACUUGUGUCAUUCCCAGAAGGGGGCUUACCUCCAAAACUACAGUCUCUUCAGAUCAGGAAUUGCAGAAAGCUCAUUGCUGGCCGUAUGGAAUGGAAUUUGCAAGCUCUCCAAUGUCUUUCACAUUUCAGUUUUGGUGAGUAUGAAGAUAUAGAAUCCUUUCCCGAGAAGACACUGCUGCCCACCACUCUUAUCAUUGUUGGUAUCUGGGAUCUUCAGAAUCUGAAAUCUCUAGACUAUGAAGGCCUUCAACACCUCACCUCUCUUACACAAAUGAGAAUCUCCCACUGUCCCAAUCUCCAAUCCAUGCCGGAGGGGCUGCCAUCUUCUCUUUCUUCUUUAAUAAUCUCUCAAUGCCCUUUACUGGAACAAAGGUGUCUGCAUAACCAAGGAGAAGAUUGGCCCAAGAUUUCUCACAUCCCAGACAUAGUUAUCAACUGGGAUAGCUGAAGAGGCUGCAAGAAAAUAAUAACAAAGACAUUGGAGCUUGUCGCAUAUAGUACGCCAUUAUUAUAGUGGUGUGAGAUUUGAAAACGUUCCUGUCCAUUUUUUUGAAGUAUGGAAGACGGGCAUCAGCAGUGUCAUCGGUUGAAUGAGUUUGGGCUGUUUAUUUGUCUUCAUGCCUCGUAAAUUGGAAAUAUGUGCUUCAGUUCUACCCAGUAACUUCUGUACCUGGGUUAUAUUCAAGGAAUGGGCAUUUCCAGUUUUUUCCUCUACUCAUCAUGUAUUUAUUCAUGGGCUGUUAUUUCCAGAUUUGCAUUUCAACUUGGCUUGCUUUUUGCAUGCUGAGUUCUCUUUGUUUGAUCCUGAGAUUCCAGCAAUGUUAUCUGCACUUAUAUUUGAUGCAAUUCUGCUGGCGAUUGCAUUAUAGACACACCUCGCCAACACCCCUGAAUUUAAAAAUUGCCGUUUGAUGUUUUGCGGUAAAAGAUGGCAGGACUCCGAUGUGGUCUUGUAGACCAAAACCAUUUUGGGAUUUGAAUUGUGCUUGUGAAUCUGAAGCUUUUGGCUUUUAGAUGGUUGGUGAAAGGUUCACCUUGAAGAGGAAUAUUAUCAUCGAAUUUAACUCCUUAUGUUUGGAUUCAAA